GCCCGGACGCCGGCUGCACCGCAGCCCGGGCUGUCCCCGGCGUCCUGCCGCCGCCCUUCCUCCCCCGCCUCCGCCUUCCUCUCCCUCCCCGAUUCCCCUCCCGCAACUCAAGGUUUACUCGGCUGGACGCUGUGUGUGUUUGGAUUUCUCAAGGAUUCUCCCCCGACUAACAUGGAUGUCCCACCAUUCCUUGCAGUUGAAGGUUGCUCCUUGGCGCAGUGAAUGAAGAACAUGCAGGGAUUGCUAAUGGGUUUGGGAAGCGUAGACUCUCUGCUCUCUCUGUGACCAUGCCGUGAUCGUGUCUGAGGGCCGACAGUUUGCGUAUCCUCAUUCUCACCCUACCGGGAAACCUGACGGCUUAGAAGGGGGAAGUAAGGCAGCGCGUGUGUGCAUAGAAACAUCAUGAAGAUUAUUUCCCGUAUUGUAACUAAUUCAGUCUUCAGAUGCACCAUUAGACUCCUUCUUUGCUUACUGUGGAUUGGAUAUUCUCAAGGAACCACACAUGUAUUAAGAUUUGGAGGCAUUUUUGAGUGUGUGGAAUCUGGUCCAAUGGGAGCAGAAGAAUUAGCCUUCAGAUUUGCUGUGAACACAAUCAACAGAAACAGAACUCUUCUGCCAAACACCACGUUAACGUACGAUACACAAAAGAUAAAUCUUUAUGACAGUUUUGAAGCAUCCAAAAAAGCCUGUGAUCAGCUGUCCCUCGGGGUGGCGGCCAUCUUCGGCCCGUCCCACAGCUCCUCAGCCAACGCCGUGCAGUCCAUCUGCAACGCCUUGGGGGUUCCACACAUCCAGACCCGCUGGAAACAUCAGGUGUCGGACAACAAGGACUCCUUCUAUGUCAGCCUCUAUCCGGAUUUCUCUUCACUCAGCCGUGCCAUCCUUGACCUUGUGCAGUUCUUCAAGUGGAAAACAGUUACUGUUGUUUACGAUGACAGCACUGGUCUCAUUCGAUUACAAGAGCUCAUCAAGGCUCCAUCACGAUACAACCUAAGACUAAAAAUCCGUCAGUUACCGGCUGACACAAAAGAUGCAAAGCCAUUGCUAAAGGAGAUGAAAAGAGGCAAAGAAUUCCAUGUAAUCUUUGACUGCAGCCAUGAAAUGGCAGCAGGCAUCUUGAAACAGGCUUUAGCUAUGGGGAUGAUGACAGAAUACUAUCACUAUAUCUUUACCACACUGGACCUUUUUGCCCUGGAUGUGGAGCCCUAUCGGUACAGUGGUGUCAACAUGACUGGAUUCAGGAUUCUAAACACAGAGAACACCCAGGUGUCCUCUAUCAUUGAGAAGUGGUCUAUGGAGCGCUUGCAAGCACCACCGAAGCCCGACUCAGGUUUGCUGGACGGAUUUAUGACGGCCCACUGGGAAGGCCUCACAGGCAGGAUAACUUUCAACAAAACGAAUGGCUUAAGGACAGAUUUUGAUUUGGAUGUCAUCAGCCUCAAGGAAGAAGGUCUUGAAAAGGUUGGAACUUGGGAUCCGUUGAGUGGCCUUAACAUGACAGAGAAUCAGAAGGGAAAACCAGCAAACAUCACAGACUCCUUGUCCAAUCGCUCUUUAAUUGUCACCACCAUCUUGGAAGAGCCAUAUGUGAUGUUCAAGAAGUCUGACAAACCCUUGUAUGGAAACGAUCGCUUUGAAGGUUAUUGCAUUGACCUCCUCAGGGAGCUGUCCACUAUCCUUGGGUUUUCCUAUGAGAUCAGACUGGUGGAGGAUGGAAAGUAUGGAGCCCAAGAGGAUGCCAGCGGACAGUGGAAUGGAAUGGUUCGUGAGCUAAUUGAUCAUAAAGCUGACCUUGCAGUUGCACCAUUGGCAAUUACCUAUGUUCGUGAGAAGGUCAUCGACUUUUCCAAGCCCUUUAUGACUCUUGGAAUAAGUAUUUUGUACCGCAAGCCCAAUGGUACAAACCCGGGCGUCUUCUCCUUCCUGAAUCCUCUCUCCCCUGAUAUCUGGAUGUAUAUUCUGCUGGCUUACUUGGGUGUCAGUUGUGUGCUCUUUGUCAUAGCCAGGUUUAGUCCCUAUGAGUGGUAUAACCCACAUCCUUGCAACCCUGAUUCAGACGUGGUGGAAAACAAUUUUACCUUGCUAAAUAGUUUCUGGUUUGGAGUUGGAGCUCUCAUGCAGCAAGGUUCUGAGCUCAUGCCCAAAGCCCUCUCCACCAGGAUAGUGGGAGGCAUUUGGUGGUUUUUCACACUUAUCAUCAUUUCCUCGUACACUGCUAACCUAGCCGCCUUUCUGACAGUGGAGCGGAUGGAGUCCCCCAUUGACUCUGCUGACGACUUGGCCAAGCAGACAAAGAUAGAGUAUGGGGCAGUAGAAGAUGGAGCAACCAUGACUUUUUUCAAGAAAUCCAAAAUCUCCACUUAUGACAAGAUGUGGGCCUUCAUGAGCAGCAGGAGGCAGUCAGUACUUGUCAAAAGUAAUGAGGAAGGAAUCCAACGUGUGCUUACCUCUGAUUACGCAUUUCUAAUGGAGUCGACAACCAUUGAGUUUGUCACACAGAGGAACUGUAACCUGACACAGAUUGGAGGCCUGAUAGACUCCAAAGGUUACGGCGUGGGAACUCCCAUGGGUUCUCCAUAUAGAGACAAGAUCACUAUAGCAAUUCUUCAGCUGCAGGAAGAAGGCAAGCUCCACAUGAUGAAAGAGAAAUGGUGGAGAGGCAAUGGUUGCCCAGAAGAGGAAAGCAAAGAGGCCAGUGCUUUGGGAGUUCAAAACAUUGGAGGAAUCUUCAUCGUGCUGGCAGCAGGAUUGGUGCUUUCUGUCUUUGUGGCAGUUGGGGAGUUUUUGUAUAAAUCAAAAAAAAAUGCCCAGUUGGAAAAGAGGUCCUUCUGUAGUGCCAUGGUAGAGGAGCUAAGGAUGUCUCUGAAGUGUCAGCGCCGAUUGAAACACAAGCCACAGGCCCCUGUUAUUGUGAAAACAGAAGAAGUUAUCAACAUGCACACAUUUAACGACAGAAGGUUGCCAGGCAAAGAAACCAUGGCAUAGAGCUGGGAAGCCAAAUACCCCAAGCACAAACUGUCGUCUUUUUUCCAAACAACCUUGCGAGAAUGUUUCCUGUGGAAAUAUGCAACAAGUGCAAAAUAAAAUGAGUUACCUCAUGCCGCUGUGUCUAUGAACUAGAGACUCUGUGAUCUCAGCAGUUGCAAUGGCCAGACUCGAAUCACAAGCAUCAUGGAUCAACCAAGUUAUGCAGGGUUACACUGUUUGUCAUGGGUUUCCAUCAUUCUGAAUGAAUGAAUGUUCCAUGUGAGUUUUGUGGCUGGUUUCAAAUGCAGUCUCAGUGAGAAGUUGCAGGUUCCUUUUGAAGUUCAACUCUUGCCAGAAAAGGGAGAAUAAAUGCCCAAGAUGACACAAACCACAGAAGGAGUCUAGUAAAAGUAAUGUCUCAGAACUGUAGUGGAACAAGAAACCAUAUGUUCUUCUGAACUUCCCAGCACAGAAAUGUUGGUAACUGCUGAUAGACUGAAACUACCAUCUGGACAAGGUGAUAUGAUCUUCCUGGAUCCAAGAAAUGUUAAAAGUGAAGAAACAUGAAUCCCAUGAAUAGAAGAAUAAAUAUAAGGAUGCUCACCUGUUUUUUUUUGGUUUUUUUGGGUUUUUUUGACUGUUUGUGACACUGAACUAAGUAAAUAAAUAAUAAUUACAAAAAAAAAAAAAAAAGAAUUUAGCUGGGUUGGAACAUUGAUCUAAAAAAAUCAACAAAAAUAUUUCCAGAAUUUUGACCCAAUUUUUAGAUGAAUGAAACUUUCCUUACUACAAAGGAAUGUGUCUUACAAACUUUAGAUAUAAGCAAUUGAUUUUCUUUUCUAUAAUGGUGAAAAGAGGGAGGGGGGUGGGAAGCAGUGUAUUCCACACAUAGAGGGCUUGCAUUUUAGCCUGAAUGGGUUUUGAAACACUUGUUCCUGCUACUAAUUGAACUCAAUGGAGCCUGAGCAAUUCUCGCUAAUGUUGGAAGAGGGAUGGGUCACCUAAAAGAAGUGAAUGUCAAGAACUUAAAGGAGGACUGCAUUUUUCAAUACAGUCACAGUACUAAAUGAACAAUAUUCUUGAGCAGUUUUUUUUUUCCAAAAAAAAAAAAAAUGUUCAGGUUUAUUUGUGGAAAUGCAAGAUUUCUAUGAAAAUAGUUUUUGUAUGGAAAUUUUUGUAAUACUUUUUAUCAACAAAAUAAGAACAUGUGUUUCCAUCAGGGGUGUGAUGCCAAGCAUGAGUGGUAGUGCGUGCGCACCACCAACGUUUGGUGAAAACUAUUUUUAUCAUGAAAAAGGAAUCUUAGAAGAGACAUAUUUUCAAGUUAUAUAAUAUAAAAAAAAUAGGUGCACUACCACCACUGCUUACCAUGCUACACCCCUGGUUUCCACUGAGCUGAUAACAUGUUGUCAUGAACAAUUGUGUGUAAAUGGUAAAAGACACAGACCUCUUGACCACAUUGUGAUAGAAGUUAAUAUGCACUCAGUUUGCUGUUUGAAUCCAAUGCACAAAAUUUAAAAAAAAAAAAAAAAAGAAAAAAAGAAAGCAUUAAAUUUAUGUCAGUUUUAGUUGGUUUGGUUUUGCUGCGUGAUUUGAGCAACAUAUGUGCAGUACUUUGUGUCAGUACUGGUACUUAGCUUCAGCUUAGUGCCCUAUCCUGAUGAGUCUUGCCACUAAAUUUGUGACAAGAGAGUUGCUGGGAUUUCUGACAGAAGCCAUUACAGCACAUUGUGAUAAUAUUUGCAGGAUUUGGCUCUUAGCUGCUUCAAAGCUAAAUUAUAUGUCCUGAAUGUGGUGAGUUCCUGGACAUAACAUUUUGAAAUGCUGCCCUAAAGAUGCUGAAUCUUGCACCUCUGUCUAUUGUAAAUUUAUUUGUAUCUCAGCAAGAAAUGUAUAGUAUAGACUAUGUAGGAAUGUUAUGCCAACCAAAAAAGAUUAUUAAGAUGGUCUUUACAUGGAAAAAAAACUGACUUUAAGCCCCAAAACCAUAAAAUAUCCCCCCAAAAUAUGGAAAUAAUAAUAAAUAAUAAGUCAUUGGUAAGUAAAGAUGAUGGCACAGAAAUAUAAAAUAUAUAAUCCAAACUGUAGAAAUUAUAUAAUGAAAUCUGGGGGCGAAUGGGAGGUUUGUGUCUACUACCCAGUUAUCAUAAAUCUUCAUAGAGAUUGAGCUGGCCAUUUCCAUUGUGAGCAGGGACUGAGAAAGCAAAUUCUCUUAUAUUUGUGAGAUUCAUCCCCAUUUAUGUGAUAACAAAGAACAGGUUAUCUUUGUCUGAAGUAUAAAGAAGAUAAAAACACUUUAAGCAAUUUUUCUGGAAAUGAGUAAACGUACAUGAUUUAUAUUUAAGUUAAUUCUUUAAAACAAAGGGGAAAAGAGUAACUGUCAUAACACAAUGAAAACUCCUAAUUAUGAUGGCUUGGAAUGGAAAAAAUUGGCUAUUGCAUUUGAUUGAUGAUUUACAAUAAAAUUUGUAAAAUCAUGUAAUAAAAUGCUGUAUUAUAUUCAAACAUACUGUUCUUUUCUCCAUUGAGGAUGCUGAAAUAAGCAGGAUUUCAUUCUCACCUUAACGCUCAUUAAUUCUCAUUAAGCUUUUUGUGAGCCAAAGUAACAGUGAAUGCAGGAUAUGUCCCAAAUAUUUCAUUGGGUCAAAGUUCCCCAAGGAACAAAACUUCUGUCAUGGAGGUAGUAUAGCUUAAUUAAGAUUUUGGUCAGAAUUUCAGCCUUCCUUUAUUGAGGGAAAUAGGAAAAGUAACUGGAGAUUUGUAUUAAAGAUCAAGACUAGAAAUGCACGGCUCCACAGAUUCACAGUAGUAAAAUGAGGGUUUUUUUCAACAAUCAUACACUAACUCAUGUUAUUAGUCUGUUGUGCAUUAGUAAUUAUUUCUGUAUUACGACAGUUACAGAAAAUUUACUAAUAAAGGCCUGACUCCCAAAAGAGUAGAAAAUACUACUGAUAGUUUUGUACUUGCAAAAACCCAAUAUAUUUAAAUUCUUCAAAAUCUUCAAAAUCCUCAUUUUCUUUUUACUGCUGUGAAAAAAAUCCUCAAUUCUGAAGAAAAAUUCUUUGUAUGGAAAGGCCUCUGAAAGGCUUACCCCAAUAUUAAAAAAUUUUCAUGCUGUAUAAAUUUCUGUACUGUCAUUAAAGCUGAUGGAGCUUCCCACCAGAAAAUCAGAAGAGGAUCUGGCCCACGAAGAUUCAGAAUCCACAUAUAACUGCUUUAUCUGGUCUCAUAAAACAGCUGAAUUAGUCUGCUGAUUUCUCAGGAAGGACAGGAGGGUGGGUGCUUCUCUGACUGAUCCUAAAUGUCACUGUAGAGAAGAAUUUUAAAGCAGUUAUAGCUCAGUGAAAUGGCGCUGCCUGGUGGAUGAGAAUUGGAGGUAAAAAUUGAACAGGACUUUUUUCCCCCUGUCUGUUUCGAUGAAAAUAGACGUCUUUAAAACGCGUAAGACACCCUGUUUAUAUCUUCAGGUUGCCUCAGCAUGGUUGUAUAGCAAUAGAUAACUAGAAAAAAAAGGACAAAACCCCUUUUAUGAUGUUGAUAAAUGUAAUUUGUGGAGGACUGGUAGUGAAAAUAAUGAGCCAAAUGGUUGGAUGAAAUCAAGAGAUGUCAGGUCCUUUACAGUGAAUGAGGAUUUGUCCAAUUCUAGACAUCAGCAGGCCUUUUUAAUGGUAUUCUCCUUUUAUAUAAACAGAAGUACAGACAUAUACAGGGAGUAUCUGGCAGAUUUUAUAUGCAAUAUUUCUCUCUGAAAUUUCUGUCUUAAUUUUGUGUUGAAGAAUUCAGUAUAGAUUUGAAAUAACCUUUUCUUUCAUUUUAUUAUUUCUUGAGACUCUGAUCAUUAAUCUUUCCUGAUUUCAUCCAUAGAGUGCUCACAACCCCCAAAAUAACACAGUUUAGUCCUACUACACUUACUUGUUAAUAUUUCAGAAUUUAAAAAACGUACUUUAUCAGGGAAGAAAACAUAUUGUGCCAAAAUCCAAAGCCACAAUAGGAGAAAUGCCCUAAUAUUCUACAAAAUAAAAAUAUUUUCAGGGAAAAGGGAUCAUGAGCAGAGGUAAUAUCAUACUAAGAUGUAAAACAUUAUGCUAUAAAAUAAUGUUUUAUUGUUUUGAUGUUAAGGAUAUUAGAAAAAUGGGAAGCACUUCAGAUACAACUUCACUUAGUCUCCAAAUACAUCAACAAACACAAAAUAUGAUAACUAAAAUACUCCUUUGAAAGAGGUGUGAGAACUUCUAUUUAACGGCAAUCAAGGUUUUAUCCAAUACAGCCCCAAAUAUGUACAGAUAUAAUAUCUAAGGCAGAACUAGGUGUACAGAAGCAAUUGUGUUUCUGUCAGAAUUUCAAGGAUGUAUUGGAAAACAAAGAGUUGCUGAGGAUGGCUUCUCUUGCUUAGAAGAUCAUUGCUUUCCAACCUCAAACAUGCUAGUGUCCUGUUCUCUUCCAGUCUUACCUCUCUGCCUUCCUACAGGCACCUCUGACAGUAGGAAAUUUAUUUUUAAAGCCCUUUUCUUCUGGCCUUCCUUUAAAAAUAGUUCUAAUUAAAAAUAAAGUUACUCAAACACCUCAUCUCCCCUCAUCAAGAUAAAAACAUUAGCUUUUCAUGUGACUGUAAUCUAAUUGUCUUUAUUUUCAUUUUCUACCCCUCUCUGUCCCCUGCCUGUGUUAUCUUCUCCUGUUGUUCUUGUACUUGCCUAGACUGUAAGCUCUUAGGGGGCAGGGAAUCUGUCUUUGAUUUGUUCUAUGUAGCACCAUGAACUAUGGAGCUAUAUAAAUAAUAAAAAAUGUAGAUCUUCUUAAAUGA